AUCAACAGUUACAUGCACCGAAAGCCUGACACCUAAAAACAUGCUGCGCAGGAAGCCCUCCAAUGCAUCGGACAAAGACCCCACACAGAAAAAAAAGUUGUCUCUGCAGCGUUCCAGUAGCUUUAAGGAUUUUGGAAAAUCGAAGCCAAGCUCGCCAGUUGUGUGUGACAAGGAGUUCAACUUGGAGAAUGAUAUUCCUGAAGAUGAUGUUGGACUUGGAAAGCAUGGAUCAGAAGAAGGGAAACACAAUGGAAGUAAAAUCAGCAAGAAAUGGAAAGCUGUCAUAUCUCGGACCAUGAACAGGAAAAUGGGGAAAAUGGUGGCGAAGACAAUGACUGAUGAAAUGGCAGAGCGAAACGACCAUGAUCCCUCAUCUCCAAUAUCUUUGGAUGGAAGUGUGGAUGGAAGUUUGAAUAGGAAAAUGUCCGAUACUGAGGAGAAUUCACAUAUACCUCUUGGCAGGCAAAUAUCUAGUGGAAGUGAGAGCGGCAGCCCCUCAUAUUUGUUUACCAACAGAGACAAUGUCAAUAUGGAAACCACGGCUCCUCCUUAUACCGGACCAUUUUGUGGGAAAGCGAAAGUCCACACCGACUUCACCCCAAGCCCGUACGACAGAGACUCGCUCAAACUUACAAAAGGAGAUAUCAUUGAGAUCAUUGAGAAGCCACCGGUUGGUACCUGGACGGGAUUGCUUAAUAACAAGAUGGGCUCUUUCAAGUUUAUCUAUGUCGACAUUCUGCCUGAAGAGACAGAGCCGCCGAAGAGACACAGGACACCGGGAAGAAGUCAGCGCUUAAAGCCCAAGUCCUUGCAGGAACUUCUGGAACGUAUUAACAUGCAGGAACAUAUAGCAACGCUCAUGCUCAACGGUUAUCAGACAACAGAUGAUUUCAAGGACCUUAGAGAAAAUCAUCUGAUUGAGCUUAAUAUCACAGACCCACAGCACCGCGUCAAGCUCCUCACAGCUGCCGAAUUUCUUUUGGACUAUGACACUGGCAGCGAAUCAGAAGAGGUGUCCAUGCCGGGUUCUUUGACCCACAUCUUCGAUAUUCCCAGAGAUUCCGGCUGCUACGAGGACUCGGAAAACCUUGAUAAUAGCCGGGACGAUACAGAGUUAAGCCCUAUAGAGGGAAACCUGCAAGUAUUGACAUUGGAGGAGUCAGGCGUAAAGAAACACACGGAGAUCGAACAAUCGGUGUCACCUGACCAGACAAAUACCAGCAAUGGCUGAAACGAUGAGUUCCUGGUUAUUCCACUCACUCCAAAAAUCUUCUAAAGCAACAAUGGGGACAAGCGGCCCAACGCUGAAAGCAUUUCCCCCAUUGCAGAUGCAACUUUUAUCAGAAAUAACAAAUUUAUAAAUCCAAAGGGGACCUGAACAAUAUUUUUUACAAAUUAAACUGCUUUUGCUUUUAUAUCCCCCCCCCGUUUUGUUUAUUAUGUGGUAUUGGCGUGUUUUGCGCUAUAUGUGCGUUUUUCUUGAAAUGGAAAAAUUAACACAAAAUUAGAAUUUUUAGGUUGUGUUGCUCUGCUUCAUUUU